CUCAAGUAGACGUUCUAAAGACUUUCUUUUUGCUUGUGCGAAUCUAGAAAUGGUAUUCACAAUCAGCUGUAGCAAGAAUUGUAGUUACGACAUGAUGAGAUGUGCGAAGGGAUAGACACGCCUAUGUCGCGGUCAUGAUUAUAUCAUCAACCGCCUCAGUGACAGCAUGUACCUAUCCCUUCGAUCGUGGCUGAGAAUAAGCGUAGCUUGUAUGACGACUGCUCUGAACCAGAUAUUAAAUAGAUAAAUAGAAUCAUGUAACUCAUACAAUACCAGCAUUAUUAAGUUAACAUAUUUCCAUCUCUAGAUCAAAGCCUCACAUUUUCAGGUUAACCAAGCUCAAAUCUUGUCAACCAUGUCUAAGAACGCAUUGCACCAAGCAAACGACAAGGCGUCCGGGGAACUACCUACCGGGCCCCAUGAAGGGCAGGUCUAUGGCUCGUCUUACGCUACAGGGGGACAGAAAGACAAUACUUCCAUCCCGGUCCUAAAAGACGACGAGAAUGUCGAAGAUCCUAUUGAUCCUGCUGAGGCCGACUCUGAUAAACAAUUAGCGCGUGACGAGGCCGAAGCUAUUGAUAAGAAGAAUGUACUGAAGGAGAGGACCAGGGGCGAGAAGCCUAGAGGCUCUUAUGCCGACCCUAGUGACGAGUCUUUGGGGCUCACCGAGGAAGUGUAGUUACGGGGAUGUGUUGUGGUAGAUUACAAUUUUUAUUGAGGCCGUUUUGGGGGAAUUGUAUUUCAUCUGUGGUCUGAUCAAGAUCACGGUCUUCUUAGAGCCGUGUUGCAUACCUCCCUAAACAGUUUCAUACAAAUUGCUGCAAUUAAUUGAAUAAGACUAAAUUGUCAAUUA